AUCUUGUCGGCCAGUUUCAGGGUCUCUCUGCUGUCUGUCAGCGCUGUACUGUACUGGGGAUGCCAAGAUGGCUGCAAGCAAUUAUUUCGGCUUCACACAUGGUGCCGGUCCGCAAUACAGUACCCAGCCUCCCCAGGCCUACUCCCACCCCUCUACAGCCAGUUACAGCGUCCAGCAGGCUCCUGCUGUGGCUCAUGCAGUGACCGCAUCCUACUCUCCAGCCCCAGUCCAGGCAGCCCGGCCUGUGGUCUCUGCCCCUUACCCUACCUAUCAGAGCCACCAAGCCCCCCCAGACUAUGCCUACAGACAGCCAGAUCCCCCAGCUCCUCCGCAGCCCACUACCACCCCACAGACGUACCAGGUAUACUCGGACACGCAGGACAACUACAGCUACGGACGGCCCGCUGCCGUGACGACCUACGACAAUAAACAGUACUAUCAGACAAGUAUAGCCCCAGCUCAGAGGACUCCCACAGAGAAUUACUACCAGACUGUAGGAGUGAAGAGCGCUUACAGUCCAGCCCCCACCACUGUGUACAGCCAGCCUCCUCCACCCCAGAGGCAGGUAACAGCCCUGAAACCACUGGCCCCCUCCAGCUCUGUGUCCACUAGCUACAACAUCUACCCAGUAUCCACCAGUGUCCAGCAGCCUCCCACACCCAUCUCCUCCUACACCCUCGGCUCCACGUUCAGCUCCUCUGUCUCAGCCACGUCCUACUCAGGCAUUAGCUACUCCAGUUAUGAUUCAACCGGCUACACCUCCACAUCCACCCCCUCCUAUUACCAGCCAGCCCAGCAGACUCUCUCCCAGCCGCAGCCUCCUCCCCAGCAGCCACAGCAGCCCCAACAGCCCCAGCCCCCCAUCCAGCCGCCCCCCAAGCAACUCACAAGCUCUUCCUGGAGCAACUCGGGCAGCAACAUGGUGACAGCUCCGGCCGGAAACACUUACAAGAAACCCACGUUUCACCAGAACAAGCUGCAGAAGCCUAAAGGGCCUCCGAAGCAACCCCAGCUCCAUUACUGUGAAAUUUGCAAGAUCAGCUGUGCGGGCCCGCAGACGUACCGGGAGCAUCUAGAGGGCCAGAAGCAUAAGAAAAAGGAGGCAGCCCUGAAGUCUGGGGGGCAGACGGGGGCCAGCAACGGGCCCAGAGGGGUCCAGACCCAGUUACGCUGUGAGUUAUGUGACGUCUCCUGCACUGGAGUGGACGCCUACGCCGCCCAUAUCCGCGGGGCCAAACACCAGAAGGUGGUGAAACUUCACACCAAGCUGGGCAAACCUAUACCUUCAACGGAGCCGGUGUUGGUGAAUUCUGCUCCGGUUAUCACAACCUCGACAGCUGGGAAACCUCCAGCCUCCACCUCCGCUCCUGCCUCGGUCUCAACCACUUCAUCUCCUGCUGCUACACCCAAACAGAUGGCUGUAAACGCCACGGCUAAAACAACAGCACCAGUCAAGAAACCAGCUCCUUCCAAAAUAACUGUCAUUUCCAAUAAGCCAGCCAGCGCUCCGGUAGCAGCAGCAUCAGCGGUGGUGGUAGCAGCGAAGGUGGAGGAGCCGAUGCAACAGUCAGUUCAGAAGAUGGAGUCUCAGAGUGACGAUGAGGACAACGACAGAGCCGGGGGCCAGGGAGACAUUCAGCCAGUCGGACACGACUAUGUAGAGGAGGUUCGUAACGAUGACGGCAAAGUUAUCCGAUUCCACUGUAAAUUGUGUGAAUGUAGCUUCAACGACCCAAACGCUAAAGACAUGCACCUGAAGGGAAGAAGACACAGACUGCAGUACAAAAAGAAAGUGAAUCCAGAGCUUCCUGUGGAAAUCAAGCCCAGUAACCGGGCCAGGAAGCUGCAGGAGAGCAAACUGAAGAAGCAGAAGCAGAAGGCGGUGCUGAAGAGACAGAGAGACGAUGAGCAGCGCUGGCACAUGGAGAUGAGUGACACAUCCGUCCCCCUCUCCUGCAGGAGAUAUGAGGAGGACAUGUAUUGGAGAAGGAUGGAGGAGGAGCAGAUGUACUGGGGGGAGCAGAGACGCAGGAUGGCUCCUCCACCACUGAUGAGUCGCCCGGGUAUGCCUGUCCCCCCUCUACUGACGUGUGUGCGGCGGCCUGACUCCCCGGACGACCGCCACAUCAUGGCUAAACACUCCACCAUUUACCCGGUGGAGGAGGAGCUGCAGGCUGUUCAGAGGAUUGUCUCCCACUCUGAGAGAGCCCUAAAACUGGUGUCCGACUCCCUGCUGGAGAAGGAGACACCAGAAAUUACUACUGCUGCUACUGAAAGUGGAGACGAAAAGGGUACUGAGAACUCAGGACGGCUGCUAAAAGGCGUGAUGAGGGUGGGCAUCCUGGCCAAAGGCCUGCUGCUUCGUGGAGACAGAAAUGUUGAACUCAUCCUGCUGACCGCUAAGAAACCCACCAUCACUUUACUGAAGAACAUCGCUAAGCAGUUGCCCAAGGAACUGGCGACAUUUUCUGAAGAUCAGUAUGAGGUGCAGGCUCACCCCGAGGAGGCGAACAUCGUGAUAUUAUCAAGCAAGGAGCCCAAAAUGCAGGUGACCAUUUCUCUCACCUCGCCGCUGAUGAGGGAGGACCCUGCUGCUGAGAAGGACAAGCAGGCAGGAGGAAAAGCGGCUGAGAAAGGUGUGGCUGAGAAGGACCCUCCUGAUCUUCUGAAUAAGAAGAAAUGUCUGGAAUACCUGGCUGCUCUCCGUCACGCCAAAUGGUUUCAGGCUCGCGCCAACGGGCUGCAGUCCUGUGUGAUCAUCAUUCGGGUGCUGAGAGAUUUAUGUCAGCGGGUGCCCACCUGGGGGAAGAUGCCCGGCUGGGCAAUGGAGCUACUGGUGGAGAAGGUCAUCAGCAGCGCUACAGGCCCACUCAGCCCGGGGGAGGCCAUGCGCAGGGUGCUGGAGUGCAUCUCCACAGGCAUCCUGCUGCCAGGUCCGACAGAUAUACACGGACCAGGUUUGCUCGACCCCUGUGAGAAAGAGCCGACAGACGCUUUGGAAAGCAUGAUGCUUCAAGCCAGAGAGGACAUCACCGCCAGUGCGCAGCAUGCACUACGGCUGCUCGCUUUCCGUCAGAUCCACAAGGUUCUGGGCAUGGAGUCCCUGCCUGCGUCCAAAGCCAACGCUCGCAACCGCAAGCGGCGACGGGACGUCAGCGACACAGGCGAAGGGGAGGGGGAGGGCAAAAAAGACAAGAAGGAGGAAGCAGCGAGCGCUUGACCUCUGCCCUCAGAGUGGGGGCGUUUGCUAGUUUAGAGACUGGUAGAAUGUCACAACUUUAAACUUUUUCUUAUCUCGAAAACAAUCUUAACACGCAGCUAUACACAUAUGAAUAUAACUGACUUUACAUGUUACAUGUCUACCCUUGAAUUAAGAGGAAUAACAUGUCGAGGAGGAGACUGAAAGUUUGAGAAUCUGUACUGCAAAUCCUUCUCCCAUGUAGCGAUUUCCUGCAGAUUUAGUGUACUUUUUAAAGUGUGCAAAGUAAAUUGGCUCAGUAAAAAAAAAAAAUCAUGAAAGUUACUGAUUGCAUCAUUCCAUUUCAGUAUAAUUGCACACUAACUACUGACCACCCCUCCAUGUUCAUUCACAAUAGUUAAACCGCCACUGUCGCCCACAGUUGUAUUGUUUAUGUAUUAGAGGUGCUCUGAUAUGAACGCCUCCAGUACAGUUUAAACAUCAGCACCUUGCGCUUUAUUUUCUCUUUAAAAAAGAGACUGAACCUUUCUGCUUUUCAGGCCAGUUCAAUUUUACCAUCCGACUCACGGAGCUAACAUAGGUGCAUGACGUUUGUACACUCUAAUGUGUUUUUCAGUCUAUGUUAAAAAAAGAUGAGGUUUAUGUUGAGGCUUUGAAACUGUGAGAGAGAUCAGAGAAGACUGACUGUACUGUGAUGUUCAUUGUGCCUAAAAAACCCCGACACAUUAGUAAUAAAAUAGUGUGGCGCCAUUGAGAGAACCCUCACAGGUCCUUCCUGAACUCUUCAAGCCCUUUUUGCUCCCUCUUGAGUCUCCUGUAAAGCGACAUUUCCCUCUAAUACGUUUUGAAAAUCAGAGGAAGCCAGGAAAAAAGAGUUUUAAAAUCCAACCAAAGGCCCUGCACCACACGUUCAAAACGAGACAAAAAUAACCCCCCCCCCCCCUUGAAUACGUCAUGAAGAUUUGUCAAGAACCCACAAACUUGAUGGGAGGUUGGGAGGUCCCCAUGAAGCUCUCUGCGGAGAGGAAGUCUUUGAUGAGAGACGUCAUAUGUUGCACAGUCUGUAGCAUGCUGAGGGAAUGAAGCACUUACGAAAUGACAAUUACUGUAUGCAGCCAUAAUUUUAUCAUUUAAAUAUGCCUAGUAAUCUUUUUUCUUCCAGAGUAUGGUUAGCAGAAGAGAGAAGCUUUAGUCAGAAAAAAAAAUGUAAGACUGAAUAUCUACUGUAAUGAUCAAGUGGUUACUAGUCCUUUGACUUUCUUCCUUGUGCCUGCAUCAUGUUGUGUAUUACAGAAGACAAAGGGGAACAUUUAUGAGUUGUUUUGUCAGGUAAUGAUCUUACUUCACAGAGAUGUAGGACAGGGAAGGGACAAUUGCACAACUCUUUGGCUUAAAAGUUAAAUGUGAGAGAAUUAUUGUGCAGUUUUAGUUAGAUUUCAUUUACCAAGAGCAUCAUAUAGGUAUUGCUUAUUUUAUUUCUGAAGGAUGUUGCAAUCUAUUUUGUAUUGUUGAAACGGAAAAGUGUGAACGUUGCUGUCCUAUUAUUUGAAUGUCUUUGUAGUGUUGCCUAAAAUUAAGGUGGAGAUAUUAAAACACUUUUAAGCCA